GUAAUUAUCAGAGACAUGGGUAAUUAUAGACGGUUGUGGUUGAGGUCUGGUUGAGUGAGGUUAUGUUCUUUUUGUUUUAAAUGUUCGUGGGGAAAUGGAUAAAAAAUCAUUUUCUGAUUUAAAUUUAAAUCCCUGGAUCAUUCGGCAAUGUGCAACUAUCGGUGUUAAAGAUCCGACUCCCAUUCAAUAUCAUUGCAUUCCCGAAAUUUUAAAAAAUAGAGAUGUUAUCGGUGCAGCGAAAACGGGCAGUGGGAAAACGUUAGCGUUUGCGCUUCCUAUCUUACAACGAUUAUGUGAAGAUCCAUAUGGCGUUUUUGCGUUGGUUCUCACGCCUACUAGAGAGUUAGCGUAUCAAAUAGCCGACCAGUUUGCCGUAAUUGGAAAACCGAUGAAUUUAAAGCAUUGCGUUAUUGUCGGCGGUAUGGAUAUGGUGGCACAAGGCCGAGAAUUGGCGAAGAAACCUCACAUUGUUUUGGCUACACCCGGCAGAUUGGCCGAUCAUAUAGACAGCGAUGAGACCUUAAAUUUUUCCAAAAUAAAGUUUUUGGUUCUCGAUGAAGCAGAUCGUUUAUUGGGUGGACAUUUUGACGAACAAAUCCGCACCAUUUUUAAGGUUUUACCUAAAGCCAAACAAACGUUAUUUUUUUCCGCAACUAUUACCGAAACCUUGGAAAAAUUAAAGGAAACAAUUGGCACCGAUCCAUUUCUGUACGAAGCACCUGCGGACGUUGCGACAGUGGAGGAAUUAGACCAACACUACGUUUUAACACCACAGGAUGUACGUGAUGCUUACCUAGUUGAGACCAUUAGAACAUUUCGGUCUAAAAAUACUUCAGGGAAUAUAAUGAUCUUUACUGAUACCUGCAAAAAAUGCCAAAUCUUGUCAAUGACAUUGAACGAAGUUGGUUUUGAAAAUGUAGCCUUACAUGCUAUGAUCUCCCAAAAGGAAAGACUCUCUGCUCUAGCAAGGUUUAAAUCGAAUACAGUCAAAAUGCUAAUUGCAACUGAUGUUGCCAGUCGUGGUUUAGAUAUACCCUCUGUACAAUUGGUAGUCAAUCACAAUGUACCAAAAAUUCCAAAAGAAUACAUACAUCGUGUUGGUCGGACGGCGAGAGCUGGAAAAGGUGGAAUGGCAAUAACAUUAGUAACGCCUACUGAUCUUAAAUCACUUUAUGCGAUCGAAGAACGUAUCAAUACAAAACUUACAGAAUUUAAAAUCGAUGAUAGAGAAGUGGGAAAAAUAUUUACCCAAAUUUCAGUUACUGAAAGUGAAGCACACAUCAAGUUAGACGAAAAAGAUUUCUACCAAAAGAAAUUAAUCAAUUUGCGAAAGAAGUGGAUUCUAGAAGGUUUGGAUCCGGACGAAGAGGAAGCAAAACUGUUGAAGAAACGUAAAUCCAAAAAAAAGAAACAGAAGAAGAAAGGAAAUAAAGGUCAUAAUUUAAAUAAAGUUAAAAAGUCUGUUGCUCCACAAAUUUAAUGUUAUUUAAUAAAAAUGUAUUUUAUAUUUAUAACUCUUAAAAUAUAUUUUUAACGUCCUCGUUAUGACCUUCCA